AUGUACACAAGCAAGCUUCAGGAGGGCCCGCUAGCGCCGGUGUGGAUGGCAGCCAACUAUGAGAAGAAGCUCACCAAGCAGCAGCUUCUCAACACAAACCUCAUCACUUCCACUACCCUCUUGAAUCAACCCAUAUCCUCAUCAGAAAACAUCACUUUACGGUUAUCGGGUCAGCUUUUGUUAGGGAUCGUGAGAAUAUAUUCCAGGAAGACAAAGUAUCUUUUGGAUGAUGCCAAUGACAUUCUUUUCAAGUUGAAAAAUGCCUUCAAGUUUGCUAGUGGAGGAGUACUCUUGGGCAGCGAGACCGGCCACAGACACCAGAAUAUCAAUGCGGGUCGCAGCACCAUCACUAACAUCGGCAGUAUAACCUUGCCGGACCGGGUCACGCGGUACGACUUAUUGUACCAAGAAAGCCUCUCUUUGGACGAUGUAAACCACAGAAGAUCCACUGGUGACCCAUUUUCGUUGUUUAGCCAGAAAGAAGUGAGUGUUUCCCACGAUGGAGACCUUGAUCAUUCAGUUGAAUAUGGAAGAUUCAAUGGACUUGAUAAUGACGAUGAUGAUAAUAUGAUGCAUGAUGAUCUUGAUUUCGAUUUGGACUUUAAUAAUUUCGAUGCUGAUGAUUCCAUCGAAGUGGGAAGAAGAGAGACUUCGGUAACAAAUCCAGAGCUUUCUUCGUUCGAUAUAGACACUGGUGACUCUGGGAACAAGUUUGGGUUGGAGUUUGAUGCUCCUUUAGAGACAAUUGAUGAGAACGAAGCGAACUCUCCUCCCGAUAGUAACGAACCUGUUACUCCUUCAAAUGAAUCGACGUUACCCGUAAAGGAGCCUGUUCAUCGUCGUAAGUUGGUGGGAAUAACAGAAGAUGGUGUUUUGAAGACCAAUAAGAGAAAGAUUCAGGUGGAUUCUGAAGAGAAGUUGAACAGUGGGAUAACAAUUGAAGAAUUGAAACAUUUACAAUACUUGCAAUUGAAUGGCGACUGGCGUAAAGAGUCUGCAAUUUUCAGGUUGUCUGACAAUGACAAGUUACUUCUCAUUAAAGAACUUUCCGAACCAGCUGGGUUUAAAAAAAGAAAGAUAUGGGAUUUGAACACUGAAUUGACUAGGUUGUGCAAUGACGUGAGUACCAAAGAAACUAAUGCUUUGGAUACUAUUGGCAACUUCGAUCAACUCAACGAAGAAGACCAAUUUCAAGGCAGUUUCGAUGACUUCAACUUUGAUCUUUCAUUACCGGAGUUUGGAAACGAAGAGGGUAACGAAAUUGACUUCGAUGAACAAUUUCCCCAGCUUCAACUCGAUAAUGAAGCAGCUUCAUCCACUAAACAAAUUGUGGACUUGAUCAAAUCUGAGAAUACAAAUCAAGCCAUUCCCUUUGAGACAAUUAUAGAGAGAGACAGCUCAUGCUCCGAACCAUUACCUCUAGGAACCAUCAAAAGAGGCAACUCAAACGUGUUGAACAUGAAGAAAGAAGCCUCCAAGUGUUUUUUUGAAUUGUUAGCAUUAGCUUCCCGUGAUUGCAUUUCGAUCCAACAACAUCCUGGAGACACUGACACAGAUAUUGCGAAGAAUAUCACCAUAUCUACAAGAGACAAUCUUUUCACGGCUUUCACUUGA